AUGAAGGUUCCCAAAAAGCUGAUUGAUCGAUGUUUGAGACUGUACCAUGAUAACCUAUACGUGAUCUGGCCUUUGCUCUCUUACGAUGAACUUCAUAAACUUUUGAACGAAAAAUACGAUGACCGUUACGUUUAUUGGUUUCUCGUAGCUCUAUCAGCGGCCACACUUAGUGAUCUGCAAACCGAAUUAGAGUCUGAAAAUGGAUUCUCUUUUACUGGAAAGAAAUUGUCCAUUCUUUGUAUAUCAUCGCGCCAACAGUUUGAUGACCUCAGUGGAAGAGACAUAUUUAGGAUUAUGACUUAUUACUGUUUAGUGCGUUGUUUUUCACAAUAUUCCGAUAUAAGAAAUUCGUAUCGACUUUGUUGUGAAGCGGUCGGUCUCAUCACAAUUUCUGGAUUGCAUCGUGAAAAGUCCUAUGAAUCAUUCUCAUUCUGUGAGCAACAGCUUCUAAGGAAGGUAUAUUAUUUGCUUCUCUUGACAGAAAGAUACUAUUCCGUCUACGUUCAUCGUGUAACAAGUUUAGAUGAUACUGUUUCCCUACCACAAUCUGAGUUUGUAACAGAUCCUCGACUAUCUUUGGAUAGUUUUUUUGAGAUGAUCCGAGUUUUUACUGUACCAGGAAAAUGCUUCUUUGAUGCUUUGGCUACUGAGGCUUCUAACACUUCUUGCACUGAAGACUCACUGAAAAAAAUAUGGAAAGAGCUUCAUACGGCAUCUCUCGAAAUAGAGCCAUGGUCUUAUGGCUACGUCGACAUUUCAUUUUCGAGGCACUGGAUUAGGACGCUGGCUUGGAAACUAGUAUUUCAAAUGAACGGUACAAAGUUUUUUUCAAAUGCUAAUAAUGCACAUAUAUUGGUCGAUAUUGCUAGAGACAUGAUAGACGAUAUAUUCUUAACCCCAAAAAAUCUAUAUGUCGUUCAUGGGCCUACAAUACCAAUGAAAGCACUAGAAAUAGCAAAUGCAUUAGUAGACGUUAUAAAUCAGCACGACAAAAAUACAGAAUCAGAAGCUUGGAACGUUCUAUGUGAGGUAUCAAAUUUUGUUUGCUCUCUAAAGCACUACGAUGGUAGUUUGAUUGAGAGUUUUGUGGCUAAAUGCCAAAAUUCUCUUAUUUCUCUUCCAUUAUUCGAAUUUCAGGGCUCAAGUGACAAUUUAAAAGAUGAUUUAGAUGUAGUUUCUUGA